UGAGUAAUACCUUAUGGUGUAAAACGCACCACAUUUUCUUUAUCCAAUCUUCUGUUGUGACACAUCUAGGUUUCCGAUUUCUGGCUAUUAGGAAGCAUCAAUGGACAACAUGGUUGGGCAAGUGUCUAUCUUGAGGUAGAUUCCCAUCCUCCUGAGGAACUUCCGAGCUGAUUUCCAUAGUGACUGUACAAGUUUGCGAACCCACCAGUAAUGGAUGAAUGGAGACUUCAUUUUCUGCCUUGGACUUUAGAGGCUUGGGUGGAAAGGCUGCUCUAAAAGGAGCUUACUUAGCACACAGUCCCAGCAAGCCUCACAUCACCUUCCCCAGAAUCAGUCAUUUUCCCUAUUGCCGUGGUCCUCCCAUGGCGCUACCGAGCGGCUGGAGUUAGUCCGACACCGGAGCUGGUUACUCUAGCCGGUGACUUGGUGGCGGGCAGAGGCUGCCUGGCUUCCUGGCGCCGCCAUGUUGGAAGUACAGAGCUCUAACCAUGGCUGCGGGCGUCAGGCUCCGACUACCAGCCCCGCCAGCUCGGCUGGGCACGCGGUGGAAGUGCGGCCCGGGCUGUAUCUGGGUGGGGCGGCGGCAGUGGCUGGACCGGACUACCUGAGGGAGGCGGGCAUCACCGCCGUGCUGACCGUGGACUCGGAACCGGCUUUCCCGGCCGGGGCUGGUUUCGAAGGUCUCCAGAGCCUCUUCGUGCCCGCGCUGGACAAACCCGAGACCGACCUGCUCAGUCACUUGGAUCGGUGCGUGGCUUUCAUCGGCCAGGCUCGCUCCGAAGGCCGUGCGGUGUUGGUGCACUGUCAUGCAGGAGUCAGCCGCAGUGUUGCUGUAGUGACGGCUUUCAUAAUGAAGACCGAACAGCUUACCUUUGAAAAAGCCUAUGAAAACCUCCAGACCAUCAAGCCAGAGGCUAAGAUGAAUGAGGGGUUCGAGUGGCAACUGAGGCUCUAUGAGGCCAUGGGACAGGAAGUCCAGACCUCCAGUGCCGUUUACAAGCAGUACCGUUUGCAAAAGGUGACUGAGAAGUAUCCAGAACUUCGGAAUUUGCCUCGAGAACUCUUUGCUGUCGACCCAACUACCGUUUCACAAGGAUUAAAAGAUGACAUCCUCUACAAAUGUAGAAAGUGCAGGCGAUCUUUAUUUAGACGUUCCAGCAUUUUGGAUCAUAGUGAAGGAAGUGGGCCAAUAGCCUUUGCUCACAAGAGAACGGCACUGUCUUCCGUACUUACCACAGGGAAUCAGGCUCAGUGUACAUCCUACUUCAUCGAACCUGUGCAGUGGAUGGAGUCUGCUUUGUUGGGGGUUAUGGAUGGACAGCUUCUUUGCCCAAAAUGCAGUGCCAAGUUGGGUUCCUUUAACUGGUAUGGUGAACAGUGCUCGUGUGGCCGAUGGAUAACCCCUGCUUUCCAAAUCCACAAGAACAGAGUGGAUGAAGUGAAAACGUUGCCAGCGCUGGGAUCACAGACAAAGAAACCAUGAACUUAGGACUCAGCUUGGGAUGGACCCUGGGAAAGGUGCUUCUCCAUUGGCAUCUUUCAUGGCGGAUGUCAAGUUUCAGUUGGACGUCCCAGGAUAAUUACUGACUGUAACAGCUGUGGGGUGGUGGCUUGUUAUGUCACACACACACACACACACACACACACACACACACACACACACACACACGGUACUCUGCUUGGCCAUCCAGACAGUUAGUCAUGUAAACUGGAUUUGGAUUUGAUAUUAAAAUCUUUUGGGGCUGGA